CACGACUCGUAGAAGUCGUAGAGCAAAUGAUGCGAUCACGUGACUCUCCUCCAGUCGGUUCAUUCAUUUCGAGAGAUUAGUUGGAGGUUAUUAAAUGGCGAUAAUCGUGUCAAAUGUGACGAGACCGCCGCCACUUGUCAUGAGUUAACACGGCGAAGCGUAAGGAAUUAGCGUGCGUCUGCGGAAGUCGUCGGGAUCGUCGAGGAAAAACGGAGGGCGAGCAAUUUCGCAGCGCGAGGAACAUAUUGGUGAGGCUCGGUGUAUGUCGCGGCACACAACGAUAAACCGUUUCGGCGAAUCGACCGUAGCCACAUCAUCUGGCCUUGUUGAAAAUAUACAAUCAGCUGUCCCCGCCGCCUGCUGUUUAUAUCACCCGGGGGCAAACAACAGUUCGUCCUACAAAUUCCUUCCGCCCGCCAGUUACGUUCUGAUGAGUCUAGGCACGCCGAUUGUCAGAGAAGAGGCUCGGCGAACGAUUUAUUCAUCCUGAGUCGCUUGCGGCCGAACAGCUUGAUGAAAGUUACAUUCGCGUAUGUCGUUUGGUCGGCCAAAGUGUCCCUAGAAGCUCGCGAGCCUCGCUCGAUACAAUGUGAUGCGUGUUAUCAACUUGAGAAGAUAUGAUAACGUCCCUAUGCACAACAGCCCAUGCAUAGAAGGCUAGAAGCAGGCAGGAAGGAAAAGACGUGUGAGAAUCUCGAGGGUAACUCGUAUGCGCUUGCCAUUCAUACCUUUUGCGACGAUGGAAGCGUCGAAAUGAGAUAGAUCAGUCGGGGGGCAAGAUUUUCGGUGGACCAUGUGCGCUACUAAGAGCUUGAGAUCUUGACAAAAAAGAGUUUAUUUUUUUAGCAAACGAUGGCUUGCGAUGGUCUUAUUUGGGGGCUGUUGUUUGUGGGAUGCAGCAUACAGGCUUUAUGGGCUUUAUCCGAGGACGAUCUGUCAGAGUACAUGAAUAAAGAGGAGAGGGAAACCUUGAAGGAGGAAGCGAGAGAUAUGUUCUAUCAUGCAUAUAAUGCAUACAUGGAUAAUGCAUACCCUGCUGACGAACUGAUGCCAUUAAGCUGCAAAGGACGAUAUAGAGGCUCUGAACCGAAUAGGGGUGAUAUAGAUUUCACAUUGGGAAAUUUUUCACUUACUUUGGUAGAUACACUGGAUACGUUAGUGGUACUUGGGGAUUUAGAGGAAUUUGAGAACGCAGUCAAACUUGUUGCUAGAGAUGUAAGCUUUGAUACGGAUGUUAUUGUUUCCUUAUUUGAAACAAAUAUUAGAAUGCUUGGAGGUCUUCUUAGUGGUCAUAUAUUAGCUGAAUAUCUACAACAGAGAGCCGAUAUAAUGUCAUGGUACAGAGGAGAACUUUUGAACUUGGCUAAAGAUUUAGGAUACAGAUUUCUACCUGCAUUUAAUACAACUACUGGAAUACCUUAUGGCAGAAUAAAUUUAAAACAUGGUAUGAAAGGAGUUCCUAUGGAAAUAUCAAGGGAGACUUGCACUGCUUGUGCAGGUAGUAUGAUAUUAGAAAUGGCUGCGUUAUCUCGAUUAACAGGUGAACCGAUUUUCGAGGAAAAAGCACAAAAAGCUAUGGAUGUUCUGUGGCGAAUGAGACAUCGUGGUACAGACUUGAUGGGAUCUGUGUUGAAUGUCAACUCUGGAGACUGGGUACGAAGAGACUCCGGAGUCGGUGCUGGCAUAGACUCUUAUUAUGAAUAUUGUCUUAAAGCAUAUAUUUUACUUGGUGAUGAGAAAUACUUAGGCCGCUUUAACAAGCAUUACCAAGCCGUAAUGAAGUACGUUAGUCAAGGACCUAUGUUGCUGGAUGUACAUAUGCAUAGACCAAAUACCAACUCGAAAAAUUUCAUGGAUGCUUUAUUGGCCUUUUGGCCAGGUCUGCAGGUUCUUAAAGGUGACAUCAAACCUGCUGUGGAAACGCAUGAAAUGCUAUACCAAGUCAUGCAGAGACAUAACUUUAUACCAGAAGCAUUCACUACCGAUUUUCAGGUGCAUUGGGGGCAUCAUCCACUCAGACCAGAAUUUUUAGAAUCAACCUAUUUCUUGUAUCGAGCCACAGGUGACCAUUAUUAUUUAGGAGUCGGACGUAAGGUACUCAAGAGUCUGCAAACGUAUGCAAGAGUGCCGUGCGGUUAUGCAGCCGUAUCAGACGUUAGAACUAAUAAACAUGAUGACACAAUGGAUAGCUUUGUAUUGUCCGAGACAUUUAAGUACUUAUUUUUAUUAUUUGCGGAGCCAGGCGAAUUGGUUUUAGACUUGGACGAAUUUAUUUUUACUACCGAAGGUCACUUAUUGCCCCUCACCCUCGCUUCUAUAAGGACAAAUGUCUCGUCUGAUUUUGAACGCGAUAUCGUGCAGGUGGAUGAAUUUGAUCGUACUUGCCCGAAUAGUCUGCACUUGUUUCCUGCAUCGGUGAGACAACCACUGAGAAAUAUGGUUGAAGAUGUUUGCCCGAGACGGUCGAUUAAACGAAGACUAAGUGCAUCGCAAUUUCAGGCGAAUAAUUUGGAACAUCUGAAAAUGUUGAGUGACAUGGGAAUAACGACUCUAACGUUAGCGGAUGGACGGGUUCAACUUCUGCACACAUUUUCUAAUGCAAAGACACCGCAGGAUUCAGAGGAAGGACUGUUGUUCAUGCAAGAAAUGGUUGAGCUUACCAAGAUGCAAAUACAACCGGAAACUAAACCGCAAACAGUAACAUUCAUAAAGCCUAACACAGAUCCGCCGGAAAAAGUUACAUUGCUAGCCGGACCAGCGCAAUUCGGACCUGAAUUGCAGAAUUUUGAUAAGAUUACUGGAAAAGUAAUAUUUACAUAUCCAUCUGCAGCUUGCACAGACCUGUUGAACGCGGACAAAUUGGCAGGCAAAAUAGUGAUCAUGGAUCGUGGAAAUUGCAUGUUCAUAGAGAAGGCGCGAAGAAUUCAACAAGCUGGUGCUCUUGCUGGCAUAGUAUUGGAUAAUGUCGCGGGUUCCAGUGCGGCAACUUCACCCAUGUUUGCAAUGUCGGGCGACGGAAAGGAAGUGGAUGAUGUCACGAUACCCGUCGUGUUCCUCUUUUUUACAGAGGCGGCCGAACUGAUGAAGGCUAUUAAUACGGCAAAUGGCGAUCUUACCGUCACACUGGGGAUAUAUUCUUCAAAAGAUGAAAUCCAACUUAAAGCACCCACUGAUUUAUCACUGUUCGAACGUUUUAAAGGAUCGUUAAAAUCAUUUCUCAGCCGACAUGUGACUCCACAGGCGACAACUAUCGCAUCUAAUUUGGAUAUGAUGAUUCCCGUAAUUGAAUCGCAAGAAAAUCAAGAGGAUGCUAUUGACUUUCAUUACUUUCAUGCAGAUAUCGUUAAGGAUUCACUUGGCGGUGAAGUCAGAAUUACUGCCGCAUCUGAAGCUACAAUUAUCUUCUUAAGACCAGUCUCUACACCGAUAGAGAUUUUGUGGCAUCAGUUAAAAGAGGUAUUCGUCAAUCAAAUAUUUCUCAACGUUAAACAGAAUAAAGGUAUAAGAAUUAGAAGUUUUAUCUUGGAGAGCUAUUAUAAUUGGGUUAACAAGGCACGUGGUGUUCUUACUAAAACGUCACUAUCGUAUAAAGUCCGAUGGUUCUUAAGUGAGCUGCUUGUGGUUGCACCAAAUUCAUCUAUUAAAAAAAUGGGACAGUUACUGGAACCCAACAGGAAGAAGCUAUUGGCACAAUAUUUACUCACUAAUAUGGAUACUAUGGUGCUGAAUUUAAAAACCGUAGCUACAAAAUUGAAGAAUAUGAAAUCUGUGAGGCCUGAAAUGGAACAACUGCUAAAAAUUUCGGAAUCUGGCAUUGCGCAAGUUGAAAAUUAUUCAUUCUUACGUCACUUAUUAACUGAUUUGCUUGAUGUGGAAGAUGAGAUCAUCAGUCAACAUGUCGCCCUUUUGGAUCGUAUUCAUGCAGAAGUUCAUACAACAUAUCAAGAAAUAUUAAUUGACGGAGUACAGAGACACCUAGAGAAGUCGGGAGUAGAAGAUAGCUCGUAUUACGACAUGCUGAUCUCCGAUUUGCAAACAAAUUUCAAAAAUAUACAUAAAGGAGAAAGUCUACUUGGAAAAACAAAAGAAAACAAUUUAGCAGUCGCGGAAUUUAUUAGUGACAGUAAUGGAGGCAAAUUAGAACUAGAAAGUAAAAACAUAAAAAUUUUGAAGAAAACUAAGGAAUCGAGUGCUGAUAAGUUGGAGGAUUUCGAAUAUUUCAUAUUGACGGAAAUACAGAAAGCUGCGAAAUAUUCUGAGCAAAAUAUCUUGCAAAAAUAUGAAGAUACAAACGAUGAAUCAAAAGAUAUUGCGACAGAAACUAAAAAGAAUACGAAUGUCGUCAAAUCUGACAAAAUUACUCUGCACUCUUCUCAGAAUCAGAGCAAAGACGAAACUAGAAAGAAUAAAGUUCAAAAUACAUUUCAGGAAGAGGUGGAUUUUCUGCGAAUAACAAAGAUAGCAAACGCGAAACUCAAAGAAGUCACCAAGGAAAACAAAUGGAAAGAAAAAUCUUUUAUGAAUUCUGCAUCAAGUGAUACAGAUAAGAUUUAUGUUUCCGAUAUGUUUGUGGCUGCGGACAUAAGGACAGCUUCUCCUGAUAAAAAAGAUACUGUGCAAGAAUUACAUAAAAACAUUGGUGAUGCACAGCAUAGUCACAAGACUGAUUUAAAAGCAAAAUCAUCUAAUAGAAAAGAUCAGGUUGAAAAUAAAAUUAUAUCCAAUGAUUUUAUGGAAAAGUUGAAAAAUCCUACCCGGGUUAACGAGAAAAAAGUAUCUGUUCAAAAAAAAUCACAAAUUACAGAUAUACUAUAUAGUACCAUGGUAUCCAAUGAAGUAAAAUACAGUGAUGAAAAGCCUACAAGUAAAGAUAAAAUUAAAGAAACUAAACCAAAAUCGUGUAGAGCUAAACAUAUCGAUGAUGAAUUAUAACAAUAGCUUUGAGAUUUAGAUUAAAUUAUAAUUAUUAUGCAAAAACAGAACUCUCGAUAGCCAAAAGGCUAUGGCUAUGGCAUUACAGCUGAUAUUUUUGCAUUGUGAUCUAGAUAUGCGUAUAGUCAAUUUUAAUUGCCUAUACGUGCGCUCCUGUGUGCGCACACACGCACAUAUACACACACAUACACGCGCGCGCGCGCGCACACACACACAUACACACA